AUAGUCAGCGGACAUUUUGUUAUUGGUCGUCGGUGACGUACUCGUUGAGUGAAACCUGAAUCGUACUUCGGAUAUUUACAAGAUAAUUUCUUGGAGAAAUAACUCUCCAAAUUUACCGUGCGUUGUGUAUGUUGAGGUGUAUGUGUAGCAGAUUGUACGGUCCCAUUUUCAUGCAGUGUGUGUGAAGUAUAUUCUAGUAGUAGGUUUCUGAAAUAAGUUUUGGGCGCCAAACGCCGUGGAACAACUCAAAUUUCCAGAAUGGCGUGCACCCUUGCCAUAUCCAAUGUUGAGAGUUUGUUGUUGGAUCUACAUGUAACAGAAGAGGAUCCUGGAUCACAUUUAGAUGAUGAUGUAGUCGACGAACCUCUUGAUGAACAGCAAGAGGCUUGGUAUCAAAAAAGUGAGGCAGAAUAUGAGGAUGUUCUCAGACAGCUGGAUGCUUACAGUGAGGUGGGAGAAGUCGUGGCCCAAACUGAUUCUGUUUUGGCCAUGUGUGUCACUGCUGACAGCCCAGAAGUGCAAACAGUACUUCCAUCUGUACCAACAGUGGCCACCACACCUGCGUUAACUCCUGUAAUAACCAGCGUGACGACGACCAGAGCAGUUCAGCCACUUCCUCCAACACAACCGCAGACCAAGACACAAACACCUUCAACAGCAGCAUCAGCAGCAGCAGCAACAACAGCAGCAGUUGCAUCGGCAGCAUCAUCAACAUCAUCAUCAGCUCCUCAACCAUCUCAGCAGGCAUUGGUCUCUGCUCAACCGUCUCAACCUCCAAUGCGUGUGCAAAGUAUGUCAUCAGGCGGAGUUAUUUUACAAAGCCCCAGCACAGUGCCUGUCAGUCGACCUUCAAAUAAUGCUGCACAGCCCCCUCCGGGGACUUAUCAGUUAGUGAUGGAUCCUCGAGUUGGUGGUUUUUUUGUGGGGCCAGUUUCAGCCACAGGUGUUCCAGCGCCAGGUACUCCAUACAGAGGUCCUGUGCCGACCAGUAUCACCAAAAACUCUCCUAGAACCCAACCAAUAGCUGCUGCUCCGCCUGCCAAGAACAUUUUAUUACCUCAACCUACUUCUCCUGCAGUUUUAAUGCCAAAGGCACCAAACAAGAUAACAACUUGGGCCCCAACUGCACCAGCGAGCACUUCAGCUAGCCCAGGUGCUGGCGUAUCUGUUAGAGCCCCAAGAGGAAGGCCUCCAAAGCCAGCUAUCAAUGUUGUUUCGGCAGCCCGGAAUAUUACACCUGGCGCAAUUCUGCCCACUGGAGGCGGAGCAAAUCCAAUCCACCCAUCCAUGCACCAGUUUCGAGCAGGAGUACCACCGUCUGGGAUCCGAACCGGUUCCAUUGUUAAUGGUCCCGGAAUUGCCGUAAAUAAUGGUGCAAGAAUUUUACGCGCCGCUCCUAUUCCCGCUGAUUCCCGUGAAGUGAACUUCAAUAAACUGGGGGUGGGUAAAACCUUUCCCUCAUUGGUUGUGGUGGCUAAACCCAUCAUGAGAAUGAAGGACUUCAGCUCUUCUACUAUUUCGAGAGACCGGACGGAACUGGACCAACAAGUUAAAGUAUUACUUCAAAAUUCCAUGACCAAACUUACUGAAUGGCUUAUCCAACAGGGACUUGUUCGAUCAUCACAGACUUGUCAAUCACAUCGUUCAGCUACUACUGGUGAACCUGUUAAUCUUAAACUUGGAAUGUAUUCAGAUGUGUCUAAGUUUCCUCAUUCUGGUGGUUAUGUUUGGAUUUGUGAAUUUUGUCCUACACAGUUGUUUGUAUCGGUAUUUAGUGGUUCUAUAUUUGAAGGUGCUCCUCAUCCACCUCUGGUCCUCAUGAAACUUAUAUAUCAUUGGGCAUGUCAGACAACUGCUAGCAAUAUUGUAUCAUGGGUGAAGGUUGAAAGCUUUUAUGUGAAAAUGUUUUUCGCUCAGAUGCGAGCUGUCUGUACUGCAGCAGUUCAUGAAAGUUAUGACUUGAUGGGUGGUCCAAACAAGAGAGUGGAGGUGGGUGUAAUUAGUCUCGGAACUGCUGCUCAAGAUGGAAGUACCCGUAAUGUCAAAGUAGAAGUUCUUGGUGUAAUGGAUCCAGAUAAUAAAUUAGUUCGCCUAAGAGCCAUUGAACCAUUACAGGAAGGUGAAAAAAAUUAUAAGAGGAGGUUUGUCAAAAUUUUGGAGCCUUUAGCCAAAUGGGUCCACAAAAAAUCUACCAUCCUGACAGACUUUACUGUUGACAAAGGAACUCUGCACCAUAUGGGCUUUAAUACGGUUUUGCAAGUUUCAGUCAACCCUGAUACUCCCCCAGAUAAAAUACCAAAGCACUCUAAUAUUAAUGUAAUGAACUACCUCAGAAGGGUUGUGCCUCGAAUGUUCCAGAAUGCUCUGUCACUUCUGAGUCGACAGAUAAUACAGCAAUUUUUGGAUGAAUUGGUUUGGCGUGAACGGUGGGGGCCUGUGCCUUCUCAAGCAUAUAAUAAUAUUAUUAAGCAUAUAGCAGAUCAAACCAGGGCAAACACAGGAACGAGUUUGCUUCGGAGAUUGGGAAAAAUCUCGGAUGAUCCGUUCAGAGACUGGAAGUAUUCUGCAGAGGAAGAUAUACAAGUUGUAGAAAACAUUCCAAAGAAAACCUUUGCUCCUCUUGCUCCAGUCCCCCCUCCUCUCGCUGUUCCAGUCAUUCAAGCAGGCCCAUCAGUUUCUGCAGUUCCAUCAGUCUCUGCUAAUCCAGCUGUUCCAGUUGGCUCAGCUGUUCCGGCCAACCCAGCAGCCCCUUUGCCGCCUCCUGCUCCAGGUUUAGCAGCUACUCCCCCUGCUAGUGGCACUGCUGCUGCUCCAUCACCACCAGAUAUUUUGAGACCAAGCAUUGACAUGCUACCGCUUAGUAUUCAAGAGAUUGAUUCAAGUGAGAUGUUACCUGGCUCACCGGGAAGCACUGUUUCAAGGAGAGGUCGAAAACGAGCUGCUGAGCCUCUGUCAGCAUCUCUAGAGCGUCCACGGAAACGAACAGCAGAAUCUACAGUGAAGAAAUCUGGCCCUUCGUAUUCCACACUGGUAGUUGGCACUCAGUUGGCAACUUCUUUGCAAGCUUAUUAUUAUGGAACUUUAGAAGGUGAUCCAGUUGCCAUGAAUGAAGAGAAGAAGGAACUUCCUGUUCUGAAGUGCAGUGUUUGUGUUAAAAAAUUUAACAAUAACAUACAGCUUAUGAAGCAUCUUAUUCUUCAUGCACAAUUUUCUCAGUUCUCUACAGAACUAAGCGAUGUUACCCAAUGUAAAUAUUGUUUGAAAACAUUCCCAACACCAUUUUCAAUGCAGACGCAUUUAGAAGAGGUUCAUUUAACAACAGGCAAUAACGAUAUGUGUAUGAUAUGCACAGAGAAAUUCAAAGAUACUUCUGCAUUAAUCCAGCAUAUGCAUCGCACUCAUGUUGCAUUGGAAAUGCCUUAUGUGUGUAAUGUUUGUCAAUUUCGUUCUUCGAUUCAUCGUGAUGUUAUUGAUCAUUUCUAUGAGGUACACAAUCACGGAGAAAAGAUGCAGUGCCCAUUCUGUUUAAAAACUGUAGCAGUUUGUGCAAAUGGCCGCCGUUUAGGAUCCAACAUUAGUUUUUUCCUUACACACAUCCAAAAGCAUCAGCGCCGAUACAUAACAAAGAAAUGCACACGAUGCGCUCUGUGGUUUGUUAAUAAAUGGGCCAUAAGAGAACAUUUGCAACGUGAUCAUGUGAGCUUUAAGGAUGUUGCAGCGGUUAAACCAGCGUUUCCAGACAUUGGGGAAGGAAUCAAAAUGCCUCUGCCUCCAGCAGAAUUAGGCCCAAGUGCCACUCUAAGUGCAGUUCGUCGUGGUCCAGGUUUCCCAAAUCGAGGAUGCCAAAGUACCACAUAUUUGCUGCCUACACUAAUGCUGGACAACAGUAUCAGUGAAUACCUCUGUGUAGAAUGCAAAGAAGAAAUGUCCGAAUCUCAUUUCCCUGGUUACUCUAUGUGUUCACGAUGUCGGUUUGCAACAUGUUGUUCUACCAAUCUGAAGGAACAUAUGAAAACAUUCCAUGAAAUUGAAGACAAACCAGUCUUUGACUUCAGUGCACCAAUUCGGUUGCCUGAACCAUUACACUGUGUGUGUGGAUAUAAUUCAAAUAGUGGAAAUCGUCUAGCAAAACAUCUGGCUCUUUGUGAUAGGAAAAGUGCAUAUCCAAGUGCAGCAAAAGCAAAAGCUGCAACAGUUCAAUCUGCAUCAUUCCCUCCUCUAGUGACAUUGGAUGAUGUUGACAACAAUGGUGAAGAUGCUAGUGAUAAGUGGUUAAAAGCCUUUGUUCCUGUUCGCCGUGAUGAUUCUGAAAGCAGUAGAGAUGUACCUGACAAAAAGUCUACAGGAGCCGACACUCACAGUAUGCUGAAUGUAUUGGGGCUCGUGAGAAAGCCUUCUACUGAUGAUUCAAGCCUGGACAAGGCCCCUUCAGACAAGGAAGAUUCAACUGAAGCACCCGUAACAGCCAGUGCUUGAAAACACAGUUUGAAGAUCUAGUAAGAAAACUUCAUCAGUCUUGUAUGAUUAGCUGCAUGGACUCAACUAGGAACAAAAGCUUCAAGAGUAGUGUUUGGCCCAAGCAUUGAAAACUCUUAAAUUAUGAGAAUGUGCAGUGGAGUUUAUGAUUACCAGAAAUGAAGUAUGAUAGGUCAGCUUCAUAUCAGCAAUGUGUGUGUGUGUGUGUAUUGGAAUGAAGAGUGAAUAAAAUUCAAGGAUUUUCUAACAUGCAUCAAAAAUCACUUGUUAAAUAAUUUGAAUUGCGCGGAAGUUAUUGUUUGAUAGUAAUGUUUAUAUUUUUAGUAUGCAUUGCAGCCAAAAUUGUCAAGAUUCAAUAAAGUAUGUGUGUGAUGUAUUUGCAUUUAUUAAUUGAUAGUGAUAUUCGGAAUUCAAAUUAGUGGGUUUUGCAUUUUUUCAGAAAGAUUCCUAAUAAAGAAUGUGUUGUGUUGAAUUGAAA